AUGUUGAUAUGCCAAGUGGCUGAGUCAAAUUCUGAGGGAACGAAGGGCAGUAACUAUGAAAAUGUAGCAAAUAGCAGCUCCAGUGAGUACAAGAUAGCUAACGAUAUGUACGAAAUAAUGAUGAGAAAUCAGUUCGAUAUCCAUGGUGACUAUCCACACAGAGAUCUAGUAAUAUUAUACAAGAACAUUGACGUGAAUACACCCAAUUUCGAGAAUAAUGUUUUAAGACAAAAAUCAAAUCAGCGGGUUGAAACCGUCGUACAUAACGACGAUUUAGAUACAGAUGACUCGGAAAUCAGUGAAAUCAACAGUGCCGAAGAUCUGCAUAACGUAUUUAUGGCUAAUAAAGAAAGGAUAGACUUGCUAAACAAUACAGCUCUGGAUACAAGAUUGUGCCACAAACAUUCUGAUAUAGAAAUACAGUCUUCGCUUGUCUCUCCUACUGAUAGGCAGUUUGCCUUUCGAGAUCCCUUCAUAAAAGAGCAAUUAAAAAACUUUAGUUUAAACUGUGAGGCUACAGAAAGCUCUAUUUUACCCGCAACACUACUUGACUACAUUUGUUGUAAGCGUCUUGAAGACAAUUACAACUUUUAUAUGGACAACAUAAUUCGGUACGUGCAACAUACAAUAGAACAAUUAAAACGAAUCAGUAAUGGAGACUAUUUAACUGACAGAGCGAAAGAGAAAUGGCGCAAUGUGGAUGACACUUCAAAGAACGAUGAGAAUAAUAAUAUGAAAGUCCUAGCGACGUCAACGAGUAUUCCUUUAAGGGUCGAGCGUAAAGCUUGCGGAAGUAUGUCAAGUUGGGACGAUAUAGUUCACUCAGAGGUCGACGUGCGCUCUCUAUCUAAAAUUCUGGAAAAAAAAAUCGUUGUUGAAAUACCAAAAAUUAUAUGUGGCUCCUUUAAGAUUAUUAGUAAAACUUGUGCAAAUAACUUGUUUAUUAGCUGCAACAAACAAUCACAAUUUCUUGAAGAAGAAGACUCAAGGGUGGACGUGGUACUUAAAUUAGAGAGAUCGAAAUCCGGCCAAGUAAUAAGUAAUAUAAAUUCAAUUAUGCUCCUGCAAAUCCCUAAAUUCCCAGAAACAUUGGCUUUGACUUACAAUAAAAAGGACACGCUUGAAUACAAAUCACACCACGACGCUCCGAAAGUUGUUGAAGUGGACCAAGUUUUGAAUACAGAUUGUGAAAAUAUUGAAAAUUCUCGGGAAACUAUUGAAUCCUCGGAUAUUGAAAAUGAAGAUCUAAGUAACGAUACUCGAUACAGUAAGAAUACAAACGAUAUGAGCGAUUCAACUUCAAUUUACAGUUCUGUUACCCAAUCUAUAAGUGAUGUGUCUUACAACAAACCAUCGACAUCUACGAAAUCAUCUCAUAGCUUUUUAAUACCUAAAGAAUUAAUGAUAUCAAUGCGAAAUUUGGAUAUUCAGAGUUUGGCAGAAGAGACCGGAGAAGAAUUCCCAUCAGAUUUUAAUUCGACGAAUAUUAACAAGAAAAGAUCCCCAACAAGAGUUAGAAUAAAAUCGCCUUAUGAAAAUAAAUCUUAUGUACUGGAAGAAAAGAAACGUAAACGUUUGCUAGAAAUUAGAGAAAAGCGGGAAAAACGGAAAAUGGCGAUGGGAGAGGGUUGUAAAGUCAAUAAGCACAAAUACAGUAAAGGUGCUAUUAUGCCACAGCCAUCGAACUCUGUAACUAAACUGUCAAUUACUAAUAAGUCUUUUUAUAACUCUAUUUAUGGCCAUGCUGUCGUAUUAGAAAACAAUCAACAAAAAGGAAAAAAUCUAAAAUCAUCCCCAAAUAACUCCAUUUCUAAUAUUCCCCUUGGUCGUCUUGGUGAGGAACAAGAAAUUGCCUUGUUGAGUUCUGAAAGGAAUACAAAAAAGUAUAUAAAUAGAAGUUUUUAUUUAGACGAUACUGAAACUGAAAUGAUGUACGCGGAUACUAAAGCAAAGAACGGAGAUGAAAACGAGACAAAUUCAACUUAUAAUACGAUUGCCCUUACUAAUUUUGUUACAAACUUUAAUGUGCUAUCAGAAACGAACCUAUCUUGUUCAUCUAUUCCAAAUGUAGCAGAAAAAUCUGAUUCUAGUUAUAAGAGCAAAAUAAACCAGAACAAGGAUUCAUUGAUCGCACCUCGAAACAAUAUACCUGUAAAAGAUAUUCAGAUUAAAAAUGAUGAAGUUAAUGCCGUUCCAACAAAUAGUCCAAACAGUGUGCAUGGAUGUGUCGCGGAUAGAAAGAAGAGCUCUCCGACAUUAGAAUGCAGAAGAAGCAUUGAUAAAAUUUACGAUUUAAUACCAAAGCUAAGCAAAGAGACAUCUGAGAAAAAAAUUGACGUUUUACUACGAAAUGGUAAAAGCGAAAGCUCUACUUUUCAAGAGAGUGACAGUGGAACGAGUCUAAAACAUCAAAUCACGUCGUCCAAUCCUAGCAGUUAUAGCCUCCCCAAAAAUGAAAUUGAAAUGGAAAUAAAAUCACAUAAGAACUCUGAGGCUAUAAUCCCGAGGGUCGUAAUAAAUUCAAAAUCACAACUGCCGAAAUAUGAGGGAGAAAAAUGCAAAAAAAAUAAAAAAGUUGUCAUCAACCCCGUUUCUACAGUGACAGAUAAUCCAUUAAAAGCAAUUUCGCAAUUGUUACACGAAAUCGAAAACAUACAAAUAACAAAUAAAGAUAAAACUGAAACGAAGAUGAAGAAGCAGGAGCUAGCGAAUCUCAACGUAAAGAACAACGUUCGACAAACUGCCCUCAAGGGACGAUCUCGGAUUGACCAGCCUAUAAAGGUAUCGCCUCAACAGAACAGCACUGAUAAAGUUGUCAAAGUACAAACUCCAGCGUCAGCAUCACGAAGACCUAAACCUCUAACUGAGCUAUCAAAAAAUCAACCACAAGCUCUUGCAAUGGAUAAAGGAAAAAUUGAGAACUCAGCUAAAAAGAAAUUGGUCGAUAUUAUUGAUGAAGCCAAAGAAGCUCGAGGUGAAGCCGUUCGAGGUCCACCGAAAUUCAACUCGAGAUUGAACACUCUUGCUCAACCUAAAAAGUCGUACAUACAAGCACAUAACGAGGAAUACAAUACUAAAUAUGGAAGAAAUAUAACGGGGGAUAGGUUGCACAGAUUGGCGGCCACACCAAACGGUACCAAAGAGAGAAUACAUUCUGCAAAUUUGAAGAACAAACCAAGAUGUGCAAACAUUGAAGGGACUUUAUCAGUAGCCGCAAAGGCUCCUUCGGUACCACCUUUAGGUCAAACUGUUAGAGCGCGACGAUCUACAAGUUGUAGCCCAGAAAAUAUAGCUCUCCGACAAAAUACACAUCACAACACACAAGCUUUUCACAUAGUCACCGGAAAUAAAACUACGAAGAAAAUGGGAGACGUCGAAUCAUACAUACAUACACAUUUUAGAAAUUAUACCAGAAAAUCAGCAACGAAACCGAUGAUAGCCGAACAAAGAUCGCGCGUUCCUCUUGUACCAAAAGACAUAGAUUUAGAUUCACUAACAUCAAUGAAUAGUCUUGAAGAAUCUUCCAAAUUGGGUAGUAAGCUCCAUCAUUUGAUUGAUGGUAUGCUCCAUAAUUCACCACCAGCCCUUUCCGUCCUCUCUGAAGGUCUAGAGACAAGUUUUAUGUCAAAGUCUGAUGUUAUUUCGUACAAUGAGAAUAAGGCCAUGGUUGACGAAAAAACUUCCUUAGGCUCAGACUACCCCAUAGGAGUAUUGGAAGAUACCAAUAUUGUUACCGCUGUUGAAAAGGUAGAGAAAAAAGAUAUUGCUGAAGCUUUUUAUACAGUUGAACCGAUCAAUUCCGGAACACAAGUAGAUCUGCUAGAAAAAGAAUUGUAUAAGCAAAUAUCUAGCGGAACGUUUAAAAAGAAUUUGCGAUUGAAGAAACUGACACUAAGUCCCAAACAAUCUUUGAAACAAAUGAUCGUUUUACAAAGCGGUGACGAUGGAUCACUGGGAGCGGAAUCUUUACUUUCCCAAUCAUUAAAAAUGAAAAGUACUGAUAAGUCAAUCGAUUUAAAACUGAAGCCAGUGCUAUCAAAAUUACAAAUAGAUUGGGAUUGUUUAAGAUUUCCCAUGAAAAUCACAACCAUUGGAUAUGCUUUACCCAUAUUCAAUCAUCAACAGUUUUGUUCUGAAUUAAAACAGUCUAAAUUUAUAAAAGGUUGCAGAGAAGCAAAGAUUGAUAGCAUUGUUCGGUUCGAUAGUCGGCAGCUUAGUAUAGUACAAGGAGCAAACCAUCAGAAUUUAAAACAUCAUUGCGAUUCCUUAAGCAAGCUUACUGAAAAUAAUACGCUAAUGGAUGCUGUAAAUCUACACUGUCAUGAUCGAGACAAAGAAACUUUGCCUGUGUCUUCUGAAGAAAUUGAAGAUUUAUCGAAACGAGAUAAAGAACAAAUGAAAAAUUACAUUGAUAAAAAUAUCACAUGUCAUGCUGUUCAACCAUCUUCAUCUGUAAUACCAUUGAAUACCUUGACCAUAAAUAAAUUAUCUGACGGUAAUAAUGAUACGGAAAAAGCGACUAAGACAUCACCUGAAAGAGAAAUCAGAGAAGGUGCAUCUACAGAAACUGGUAUAGUAGAUAAUACAUCAUCUCUCGAUAUAUUAGUGAAUCUCUUGAAUGAGAUACAAAAAAUUUCUGAAUGUCAAACUCACAUGACCAAAGAUAAUAGAGAACAUGAAUCGAAGGAGUCCGUGAAGAAAACAGAUAUAUCAAACCAACAGGGCUGCGACAAAUAUUUUGGUAAACAAUCUGCUCUGACUAGAUUCGUACAUCCAAGAGAUGUAAAAUCGCAACCCAGUAUUUACACUUUUUAUCUUAAUACUGUGAGGCAAUUAAAAAGUGAAAGCAAAGGGCAUAGUGAAUUGUUAACAGAAAACGCGAUGAUGGAAUUUGAUCCGAUGAUUAAAAUGAAAAGAGAUAUUUUGGUUACAUUUUAUUCCAUUUUAGCAAUUACUGUUUUCGCAGCUCUUUCGUUACCAGAAGUACUAAAUGUAUAG